AACGGUGAAACAGCUGAGUGAGAACCUCCAUUACGAAGAACACGAGUCGAAAAUAUCAUAUUACAAAAUGUCUGCAAAAACACUUUGUUUUCUCCUGGUAAUCCUGGUGAUAUCUUACGACAUUGAAGCAUUCGCAGCCGGCGCUGGAAAUAUUGGAAUCACGGGAAGAAAAAGAGGCUUAGUAACCAAGGUAAGGUGUUAUCACGGACGCAAAACUAAGAAUUUUCUUUAAGCAAACCAAUAACAAAUUUUUGCCAGUUUUGAACUAGUUCGAUGUCACAAAGAGGUCAUUGCGAUUUCUCUAAUAUAGUGAGUCAAGUCAGUUUUCAAAGAUAUUCCUUCGUUCUUUUUGUGCUUAAUUUUAUGAUUCAUUACACAAAGGCUACUUCCCCACAAAACGCAAACUUUAAUUUCUAGCUAAUAUUUUAUCGUGCAGUAAAGUAAAAUUGGCUAUGUGAAAAUAUUGUUUGAAAACCGUAUAUCAAGAAUUGGUUUCAAUUUUACUCGCUGUAAAAGUGAAUUCGCUGGAACCGACAACAAGAGUUACCCGUGGGAAAGCGAUUGAAGAAACAAGCAUUAAAUUAAGAUGCGUGAAGCAUCAGUCAAUUUUCCAUUUUUCUUUUUUUGCUCAAAUUUCCAAGCUUUUUCUCUGUCUUUUUGACAUUUUACAGCAACAGUAUGUGGAAAUAUAUUUUUGCAAUUUUCUUUGUAAUAAGCGUUUGCUGUCUUAAGGUCAAUAUAUUCGUAAAUUACCUAUAAAAAAUAAAUGUUUCGUUGUUGAUUGAGUCAACUCUAAAUACAUUGUGCGAAAGUCACCCAUGAAUGCAGCCUUACACUUUUACAGAAGAAGCACUGCAUGUAAUUAAUCUUUUAUAUAAAAAAGUUGAUAGUUUUACUAGGCUAGCGUUAGGCCUUGAAGGGAGGCAAAGGAAACAAUUUUCUUCCAAAUAGGAAAAAUGCGGGCUAUCGAGGCUUCUCCAAAGGCCAGAAAUAUAUGGAAGUGAGAUUGAAUUUAUAACUUUAACUAAUUCACUUUUAAUAUUUCACUUUAACUAUGACUUUUAAUCUCGUUCCGGCUCAGAAAUUCAGAUUGAUUUUGUGCACAUGAUUUUGGAAUAUUUGAAAAUUUAUGGUCACAGCAACGCCAUUUUCGGCAGGAUGGGCAGUUGCAUGAGACCAAUGGUUGAGGCUAUUUUCAUUUUUUCAGCGGCAGAAUCAUUGACUGAGGGUGGGUGGAGCAAUUGCAAGCCCAACUAGUUAUGGUAUCUAGUUUAAAAAAAGGAAGUUGGAUACGGUAGUUUGACUGAAAUAUGUAGGUUGCAAAAAAUCAUAAUCUAACUCAAUUUAAACUGGAUAUAUUUGGAUAUGAUAGAUAGUGGGGCUGCACUCCAAAUUGCAUAAAAUAUCCGCCAAAUUUUUUUAGUUUUCUUCUGGCUGAAGUCACUCACCAAGGCUUCUAGCUUUUAAGUCUUUUUAGAAUUUGUGAGUACCGGAUGGGCCAUCAGGAAAAGGGGACCUAACCGAGACGUGGUGAACUGCAUGCAUUGUUUUAUUAAGUCUCUUGAGUUUCAUUUUUGGCAUUAUCUUUUAGGACUUUUAGACACAACGUUUUGGCAUGCAUUUCAAUCGGUAGACAAAGGUUUGGUCAUGAGAAUACUAAAACACCAACCUUAAGGGACCAACGGGACCCUCUCUACGGGGUGGGAGGUGGAUGGGGAGAGUUAUACUUUACUAGAGGGGCUAACAUUGGCACGGGGGGACUUGCUGCCAAAAGUGGCCCUGCACUCAAAUAAUGGAGGGUGCCCUUUACCGGAUUUCUUGAGGGAGUCUUCUAGGGAAAACUGAUACAGUAUAAAUGUUUAUUGACAUUUCGUAUUAUUUCGAGUAUGAAUUAUACAUGUUUAAGCACUUUCGCAGACUGGGUCUCUAUAUAGACGUAGCUCAAUUAUUAAAUUUCCAGAAUUGAUCAUACUGCAGCUCUUCCGUUUACAGCUAGUAAAACCUGUACUGCUUUGAUACAAACGGAAUGAGUUCUUCUUACUGGAAAUUUUAUAUUUCUUUUUCAUUUUGACCUGAAAACAUAUAUAUACAGCUAUUUCAAUUAAGGUUGUAUACGAACAAAGCGGAAAAGUCGAAUACGAGCGCGAAAGGCUGCUGGGAAUCGCUCAUUAAUUUGUUAGCGAUUCCCAGCAGCCUUUCGCGCUCGUAUUCGACUUUUCCGCUUUGCUCGUGGACAACCUCAAUUGAAAUAGCUGUAUACAAGUGAAUUGGCCUCUUGACUUGAAAGCAUAUAUAUACAAGUGAAUUAACCUCUUCGCGACUCUCCUUAGCCCUCUUAUAUAGGCAUGCUUUCCCGCGCGUUUUGUUCCUUGCAAAUUUGGCCUCAACUGCUCGCUGAGCUUAUAGCAAUAAUUAUAUAAAAAAUUAUCAAAGUUUACAUCAAUAUUCUCGUUUUAUCGCGCUUGAAAAUAAAACAUACAAGAUGUUCGCAUGCCCGCCUCUCAACUUCAAAUUAUUAAUUCAGCAUAAAUAUUAAAUACAGACAAAUGUGCAGUUGUUCACGACUUUAUAAGGGGGGGCUUUAUACACUGAGUAGCUAGUGAUAUUUUGCUUUUGGAUGGAAGAUUUAAAUUUCAUAUGUUUACAAAAUGUUGGAUGUUUGUUCACUGAAAUGGUUUCAAACAUAUAUCUGAAGGGUUCUCAGGAUUCUUCAUAUUCUUAAAAUCAUAUUUCAAUGAAUAACGGCUGUGAGAAUUAUAAUGAGAUGCACGACUCUAGUAUAUCCGUCAUGUUCAGUUUUUUAUAGAUAUUAAUAUGAGCGCCAAUAUUAUUUGAACUAGACUAAUUAUAAACAUAUAAACAAAUUCCGCGCCUUUUCGAAAUUGAUCGUUCAAGAUUAAGACAACUGGAAUAUUAAUCUAGAUUUAUAUGCGGUUAAAAUGUUAUUAAUUGGCAUAGUAAAUAGAUAUAUAUAGUGCCGCCUUGCAUGCAUGCCUUAUAAUUGAGAAAAUAUCAUAUUUUGAAGCCAAAAUCAGACCGUAUAUCCAUAGAUUAUAAUUAAGCAACGGUCGAAUGGCAACAAACGGAAUAAACAAAGUGAAAUGACUAAAAAGUAAAAAGAAAAGAAUAGUGAAAAAAUCAGACACUGUUAAAAUUCUUUCGAUGUACUGAUAAGCGAGCAAACAUUCACAAGUUAAUUGCAUGGACUUUGACAUCCUUGUUAAUAUAUUCACAAAGUACUUCCCAACUGAAAUUUUCAUAUCGUUUAGAUUGAGCAAAAUUUAAUUGUCUUGGGAAACACAUUUGACAAAAGACACUAUAAUGACAUAUUUUAAUUAAGCCGCAAUUGUUUGACAUCAUUAGCAUUUAAUGAUAUUGUCGGGUACAUGAUAUGGAUCUAGAAAUUAUGUAUAUUAUUCAGUCAUAUUCGAUAAGCCACGAAAUUACCGUUGCUUAUUACAUGCGUUCAUUUCCCAGCGCUACAAUUAAAAGACAAUAAUAUAGCUUAUAGCCUAUAGGACGUGCCGUCAAGCAUUGAUUUUUCCCAUGAACGUGCUGUCUCGUACCCAGGCGUCUCUUUGUAAAAAAAAACAGUGAUGCGCAUAUGACGAGUUUACAUGAAGUAUUGUAGUGGGGAGAGAUGGCGAAGGGGCUGAUGGGAAGAGUGCACAACCCUUCCCAACAGCCCCUUCGCGCGUCGGCUGCCUACCUGAAUACUUCAUGUAAGCGCCUGGGUACGAAGCAGUUCCGGCUCAGAAAUUCAGAUUGAUUUUGUGCAUAUAAUUUUGAAAUAUUUGAAAAUUUAUGGUAACAGGAACGCCAUUUUCGGCACGAUGGGCCGUUGAAACCAAUGAUUGAGGCUAUUUUAAUUUUUUCCGCGGCAGAAUCAUUGUGACUGAGGGUGGAGGGAGCACUUGCAUGCCCACCUAGUUAUGGUAGCUAGUUUAAAAAAAAGGAAGUUGGAUGCGGUAGUUUGACUGAAAUAUGCAGGUUGCAAAAAAUCAUAAUCUAACUCAAUUUAAACUGGAUAUAUUUGGAUAUGAUAGAUAGUGGGGCUGCACAACAUCCUCCAAAUUUUUCUAGUUUUCUUCCGGCUGAAGUCACUCACCAAGGCUUCUAGCUUUUAAAUCUUUUUAGAAUUUGUGAGUACCAGAUGGGCCAUCAGAAAAAGGGGACCGAACCAAGACGUGGUGAACUGCAUGCAUUGUUUUAUUAAGUCUCUUGAGUUUUAUUUUUGGCAUUAUCUUUUAGGACUUUUAUACACAGCAUUUUCAGGCUACAUUUUAAUAGCUAGACAAAGGUUUGGUCAUGAGAAUACUAAAACACCCUUUUAAGGGACCAACGGGACCCUCUCUACGGGGUGGGGGGUGGAUGGGGAGAGAUAUACUUCACUAGAGGGGCUAACAUUGGCACGGGGGGACUUGCAUGCCAAAAGUGGCCCUGCACUCAAAUAAUGGAGGGUGCCCUUUACUGGAUUUCUUGAGGGAGUCUUGCAGGGAAAACUGAUACAGUAUAAAUGUUUAUCAACAUACUGGGUCUCUAUAUAGACGCAGCUCAAUUAUUAAAUUUCCAGAAUUGAUCAUACUGCAGCUCUUCUUUUACAGCUAGUAAAACCUGUACUGGUGUGAUACAAACGGGUCGAAUGAGUUCUUCUUACUGGAAAUUUUAUAUUUCUUUUUCAUUUUGACCUGAAAACAUAUAUAUACUGCUAUUUCAAUUAAGGUUGUCUACGAACAAAGCGGAAAAGUCGAAUACGAGCGCGAAAGCUGCUGGGAAUCGCUCAUUAAUUUGUUAGCGAUUCCCAGCAGCCUUUCGCGCUCGUAUUCGACUUUUCCGCUUUGCUCGUGGACAUGCAACCUUAAUCGAAAUAGCUGUAUACAAGUGAAUUGGCCUCUUGACUUGAAAGCAUAUAUAUACAAGUGAAUUAACCUCUUUGCGACUCUCCUUAGCCCUCUUAUAUAGGCAUGCUUUCCCGCGCGUUUUGUUCCUUGCAAAUUUGGCCUCAACUGCUCGCUGAGCUUAUAGCAAUAAUUAUAUAAAAAAUUAUCAAAGUUUACAUCGACAUUCUCGUUUUAUCGGGCUUGAAAAUAAAAUAUACAAGAUGUUCGCAUGCCCGCCUCUCAACUUCAAAUUAUUAAUUCAGCAUAAAUAUUAAAUACAGACAAAUGUGCAGUUGUUCACGACUUUAUAAGGGGGGGCUUUAUACACUGAGUAGCUAGUGAUAUUUUGCUUUUGGAUGGCAGAUUUAAAUUUCAUAUGUUUACAAAAUGUUGGAUGUUUGUUCACUGAAAUGGUUUCAAACAUAUAUCUGAAGGGUUCUCAGGAUUCUUCAUAUUCUUAAAAUCAUAUUUCAAUGAAUAACGGCUGUGAGAAUUAUAAUGAGAUGCAUGACACUAGUAUAUCCGUCAUGUUCAGUUUUUUAGAGAUAUUAAUAUGAGCGCAAAUAUUAUUUGAACUAGACUAAUUAUAAACAUAAAUUCCGCGCCUUUUCGAAAUUUAUCAUUCAAGAUUAAGACAACUGGAAUAUUAAUCUAGAUUUAUAUGCGGUUAAAAUGUUAUUAAUUAUGGAACUGACAUAGUAAAUAGAUAUAUAGUGCUGCCUUGCAUGCAUGCCUUAUAAUUGAGAAAAUAUCAUAUUUUGAAGCCAAAAUCAGACCGUAUAUCCAUAGAUUAUAAUUAAGCAACUGUCGAAUGGCAACAAAAGGAAUAAACAAAGUGAAAUGACUAAAAAGUAAAAAGAAAAGAAUAGUGAAAAAAUCAGACACUGUUAAAAUUCCUUCGAUGUAUAAGCGAGCAAACAUUCACAAGUUAAUUGCAUGGACUUUGACAUCCUUGUUAAUAUAUUCACAAAGUACUUCCAAACUGAAAUUUUCAUAUCGUUUAGAUUGAGCAAAAUUUAAUUGUCUGGGGAAACACAUUUGACAAAUGACACUAUAAUGACAUAUUUUAAUUAAGCUGCAAUUGUUUGACAUUCAUUAGCAUUUUAAGAUAUUGUCCGGUACGUGAUAUGGAUCUAGAAAUUAUGUAUAUUAUUCAGCCAUAUUCGAUAAGCCACGAAAUUACCGUUGCUUAUUACAUGCGCUCAUUUCCCAGCGCUACAAUUAAAAGACAAUAAUAUAGCUUAUAGCCUAUAGGACGUGCCGUCAAGCCGCAUUGAUUUUUCCCAUGAACGUGUGACUUCAGCAUCAUUGUGCACAACAUGAAUUUUUCAAAAUCUAUUCCAUCUACAAUUAUAAUAAAUUUACUGAAAAAUUACAACAUAUUGGGCUGGAAACCUACUAGAAAUGACACAGAGUUAGAAAGGAGAUACGCGGUAUUUUUAAAACAAUGGCAAAUGCACGUUUAAAAAUCUCAAUACAAAAUUCGCGAGAUAUCGAUUGAGUCUCAGAAUAAAAAUGAUAUUGAAAUGCCGAAUUUGCUAAAUACAAUAGUUCUCUUGAUGUUCUUAAGAUUGAAAAUUGAUUACAUCAUAUAUUUAAUAACAUAGAUUGAAAUUUCGCAAGAUAUUUCGCGAGAUUACGAGAUCCACGGAAUCAAUCGAUUUUGUGGCCUGCUCCCACCAUAUCCUGCUUAUUCGGUCACAGAUUGCGGAAUGAAUAAGCCAAACAUUGUUAUAAACGGCCCUUUGUUUCGAACAAAGAAAACAAAAGGUUAUGACAAUAAUAUUUGGCUUAUUUAUUCAGCAAUCUGGCAACCCUGAUAGAAAUUUUUAAAGAGUUCAUCAUAAAUUUGGCUAAUGUUUGUUUAAUAUACAAAUCAUGACCCUUAUAUGUUUUUUAUAUUUUAGGACUUCAGAAUCUUCAAAAAUAUUUGUACAUGGGCGAGUGAAUACUGUCCUUCAAACUCUGAUAACCGGUAUGCAACGAGAGUUGCAAAGAACGAAGGAACUCCGAAUAUCCUGGAAACGGGAGAAGAAAUUCUAUGACAGAAAUGCACCAUAAAUAUCCAUACAACAUGUAUUUUAUUUAAAUCAUUUGAUGAAAUAAAUUGAGAAAUAAGAACGAAAGACGAAAGAAUAUGUUGUUAUAUCUAUUUGAUUUUAUGUUGUAAUAAUAAAAAUGCAAUUCGAAGAUUAUUUAAUAUAUUGC